AUGUCUUCGACGCUCCCCUACCGACCCUCAAACGACUCGUUGUCCACCUCCAAUCCGAAGAACAAUGGCCUCCCCCGGCUUUCUCCAGCUGCCUCCUUCGUCGGAAGAUCUCCUAGUCGCUCUCAUGGCUCAUUCAGACGUACAUCGGCCGAGAACCCGGCGAGUCAGAAGGCGCGGCGGUGCAAGUCGCAGUAUCCGCUGGACUCGCCAGAGCGUCACGUCGAAUACAUUCUGGUAGCAUCCUUCCACAUCGACCGAGGGCCAAUCAUGGAGCACCAAUACCCGGCAGCGAUCAGUGGCGAUGAGAGCAUGCUCGCCGAGCUCAUGCUUCCAGAUCAGACACACGUGCGCAGUCAGGAUUGGACCAUUUUCUUUCUUCACAAGGACACGAGCGGGGAUGAUGAGGACGAGACGGAAGAUGGGACCAAGAAGAAGAGAAAGAAGAGAAAGAAAGUGAACAUCGGCGAAGGCGACGAAGCAGACGAUUCUCUCAGGGAGGACUCGGAAGAAGUUUCUGAGGAGGACAGCAGCGACGACGAAGAGGGUGGAGAGGGCCCACCUCUGAUGUAUGUGCUGAACUUGGUCAACACAAAGCAGGACAAUACGGUUCGACGAGGUGCGGUGGUCAAGGCCAUGGCGAUUUGUACAAGACAUUCAUUUCUGCACAUAUACAAACCACUCCUGCUCUUGGCGUUGGAGGAUUACUUCAAGUCGCCUUACCCCGAGACCCUCGCGUCACUGUAUGACGCCGUCAAUAGCAUGGAUUUAUCCCUGAUGCCUCGGAUGUCCAUCCUGGAGAGGCACAUCUUGCAAUCCAGCAACACAAAAGACAUGUUCAUUGAAAAGUUUGAGCAGAUGGUUCGUCAGCGAGAGGAAGAGGAAGCAGAGGAGGACGAGGGUCCUCCAUCACCGAGAAAGAUGAGUCGUUAUGUGCUGCCGCGAGACACCCAUGAAUUUGAGUCAAAAGUGGUCUACAAUGAUAUCCCGAUUCCCGUCAAGAUUCCGACGGUCAUCUGGCCUGAAACUGUCGGCGACUUUUCUCUCGUCAAAUUGAUCCAGACGUUUGCAGGGCCACACGCGACCGCGCCUCAGGGGUUCCCAAACCAUCCACACCUGACAACAAGCGGCCCGUUCACACAUCCCAUCAUUGUGCUCGUGAACGCGAUUCUGACGCAGAAAAGAGUCAUUUUCCUAGGGCACAAUAGACCCUCCGGUGAGGUGGCUGAGGCUGUUCUGGCCGCGUGUGCCAUCGCUUCCGGGGGAAUUCUGCGUGGAUUUACUAGACACGCUUUCCCCUACACAGACUUGACCAAAAUUGACGAUCUUCUCAAAGUUCCGGGUUUUAUUGCCGGCGUGACGAAUCCGACGUUUGCCAACCAUCCCGAAUGGUGGGAUGUUUUGUGCGAUUUGCCAACGGGACGUAUGAAGAUAUCGAGCCACAUCGAGCCUGCUCCAGUCACAGAAGGACUGCUGUUUUUCCAACAGCAGCAUGCUUCUGCGCCAAUCCACACCCCCACCUCUCAGACCGAUCCAACAGGAGACCACCUAUUCAUGGAAGACAUUCUCCGUAGCAUCAGUCAACGGCAUGGCGAGAAUGCCGUCCGGGCGAAGUGGCGCGCCUACAUUGUCAAAUUCACCCGAGUCGCGGCAGCAUUUGAAGAGGCUGUCUACGGCGCCUCGAAUCUCUACAUCAUCGGGCCUGGUGAAGAGCUGUCCCCCGAUAGUCCGACUGGGCACCAAACAGAUCCCCUGGAUCCCACCUCAUUGAGGGGCCAUGGCUAUGUCUGGCCCGACGAGGCUUCCAAGCAACGCGAGCUUUCCGCGUCCGUCUCUCGCAUUGAGGGUUGGCGGAAUACUCGUUCGUACUACUCUUAUAUUCAAGAUAUUGCGGCAAUGUAUUACCCGGCGCGGCCCAUUCAGCGACCGGACAUCCACCACCAUCACGACCGGCUUCGAUCACUGAAGCUGUCGCACGCAGACUCGGGUGCCAUCUAUCUCGCACUGUCCCAUGCCGUCAAAGACUACGCGGGUAUCUGUCAACUGCUCACUGUGACUCCCGAGAACCAAGCCGGCCUCUUUUACGUCAGCAUGGGUCUUUUCCAUCCGGACCAAGCUGUCCGGGAAGCAACUGUGGAAUUGCUUGAUCGCAUCGCUGCUCACCCGGCGGGCCGACAUUUUUGGACCCAUCUCACUCGUUUCGCCAAACUGGGAUAUUUCCGGGUCAAACGCGAGCGUGAGAGUGCUCAAAGCCCCAUUGCGACUAUCCCAGGCGGCUCUCUUGCCAUGACGAGUCACGGUACAAGCUUCAGCGUCGAGCCACAAAGUCUGGUCGGGGUCGCUCUAGGUGAUAACAUCAAGCGGAAGAGCUGA